AUGAAAGAUCCACAACUUGCAGGUAAGUUUAUCAACUCUUCUUUGUCAGUUGCUGUAGAUUUGUAGAAAUAUGCUAAAUGAGCAGCAGUACUUCGUUACUUUAAAUGUGGCUAUCACUUCCUUGUUGGACACUUGAUAAAAAAGUCUAUAACUUAAUAAAUAAGCUGAUACUCUAAGUGCUUUCUUCAUAUUUAGUUUGUAGAACAAAUUUAAUAACUCAGUCUUGUGAUGCUAUGACAUGAUCCUUUUGCUGGUGUUGGUCCUCUGUGUUGACAUGUGUUUUAUGUCAGGGAUUCACCAGUGACAUGGUUUAGUGUACACCCUCUAUUACAGCUUCCCAAGGUAAAUAGUUGCCGACUUAGUAGCUCAUUAAAAGAGGAUAAACUCAAAUUAGGCCUUAACUACUGUUUACUAAUAUGUAUUGCUCUUCUAUCAAACAUAGAUAAAUUCAAGACAACAGUUUUUCAUGACCUCUAAAUACUUAUUUCUCCCUGUCAGUGGCUUUUAACUGAUCUUAACAGCACUUGUACCGAGGAUAAUGAGCCAUUUACAUUAAGCAAAAAUUGUAAAAGGUACCGUAUCGGCCUUACUUAAAUGUACAUGAUGAAAAUGUAAAACUAUUGUGCGGCUGCUGGACAUUAACAAAUAUCUAGCCUUAAAUUGUUUAAUGGAAGAGUAGCACCAAAACUGAACAAAAAGCCAUAACACAGAGACUCUGAAUGGCCUAUUAUACCCAAAGAAUACCUUGACAAGUUAAUUACACAUACUGUAUUCCUUAGAUAUUAAUCUUGCUUUACAUACUUAGUGUUUACAUGUUAAGAAACAUUCAAAGUGAUUAUAAUGAUAUUAACAUCUAAAUAUAUUCAUUUCAAAUUGGCUAGACCUAGUAAUCCAGUAUCCAAAAGAAGCAAAUAAUCCUGGCUGCAGUCAGAGCUGGGUCUUCUGAACCUGAGGCUAUAUUUAGCCCUCAGUGACCAGGACAUGGCACAUUAUUACAAAUCACACUGCUGAUUUACAGAAGUCCAUUAACAGCUAAAUUUGUGAUUGACCACUGGUUUCUGUACUGGACUCAUUCAAAAGUUCUUCACAUGUACUGUUACCUGAAGUGAUUAAAUGUGUUUUGUAAGACACCAAGCUCAAGCUCAGAAGGAUGAACCAUCUGACCUAGGACACCAAAGCACAUUGUAUUAUUUUUUUAAGCUGAAACCUUAUUCAGCAGUGUCCUACGAAAACAUAAGAAUCACUGUAUAAGCUUUACUGAAUGAGGAACUAAAAAUAAUUUAUUGUUUGGGAAAAUUUUAAACUUUGGCUGGUACAGGACAGAGAUGUGCUGAAACCUCAGAAUGCGCUCAAGGAGCAAGACUUGUUCUUUUCAAAGCAGACAAAACAGGAAAGGUUUCCACAUCCUGCUUUUGUCCAUCCUUAGACUGAAAAAAUACACAUUGACAAUAAUUUUACACAGCUCACAGAUAUAUUAGGUUGAGACUUGUUCUGUAUUGCUAAAAAACACACUUUGAAGGAAAAAGAGUUGAUAUUGUCUGUCAAAUAGAGAGGAAAUCGAGGAGCUCCUGUCUCAUCCUGUGAGGAUAUUUACUCUAAGUUCAUUCACAACUUUAAAGUUCAUUUUCAACUUAAAAUCAAUAUAGAUAUUUAAAAAAUCAACAACCUUUAAAUAGAAACAAACAUACAUGUUGAAGCCAAAUGAUUUCCACAUCAAAGUUAGUUAAAAUGGAGGUUAAUCUCAUUGCAGGCCUCUAAAUACAGUCUAAUACUCUACUUUUAGACGCUGACCUCUCUAAGACUUCAGUGGCCUAGUGCUAAAAUAACCUAAUCAGUCCAACAUUUCCAUGAACUCAUGUAACACAUUCAGCUGAUCGCUGAAUUUAAAGUAUCUUCUUCUAUACUAAUUCUGUUUGUGGUUAUGUGAAGCACGAACCCUAUGCUCCUAAUGAUUUACAUGACUGUGAGAGACCUCUGUAAAGAAACACAACACAUCAUUAAUUCUCUCUUAUUUCUUAAAAGUUUUUUAAUUUUCUAUUUCAGGGCUCAAGACUCGACUAUGGCCAAAACAGAAAUCAAGCAACAAGUCCAAAGGCGAAGCUCCAAAGGUGGAAAAGAAAACUAAGCCCCAGACCUCUACCCUGUUACGAACCAUCCCACAGCUGAGUGAAGCAGAGAGAAUGAGGCUGUCAGCGUUUGAGAGGGUCGUCUAUGACAUGGCCCACAAUGAGAGGAUUAUCAACGACCUAACGCUUGGCCGACGGGUUGGCUUCUAUGAGCUGCGUGGAGAGAUAGGGCAAGGAAACUUCUCUACAGUGAGGCUGGGGAUCCACGAUUUGACGAAAGGUUUGAAAAAGUUUUCCAUCUUUUUCUUCGGCCUUUUGUUGAAUUGAUAACCUUUGAUAAAUAACAUGUUAUUGUCAGCAAAAAGACACACGUCAGCUUCUCAAAUUUCCCAAAGAUGGAUCCUUUGUGACUUUAAUUUAUGCAUCAUCCCUCCAACGUGGGCAGUUAUUCUUUGCUCUAAUGUGCUCAGUUGCAUAUAUUAACUCCAGAGGAUAAUAUUAAGCUGUUCUUAUCACCUCUGAUCCCAACUCAGCCUCUACAUUUUUCUACUGCUGGAAAUUGUGCAAGUUUAUGAGUGUGCAAUCCAACUGUUGGGGUCUAAGCAACAUUUCUUUCAUUUGAUAGUCUCCCAACAACACAUUCAACAUACUCAUGUGCAUAAAGAUAGAGCAACCACGUGUUUAAAUCCCUAAAUUAUCUUUGGUAUCCUGACCUUUCAUCUUGUUAGAGCCUAUAUAAACCUGACUGACAUUUAGAUCUCCUGUCCUCUGUCACAGAGAGAGUGGCUAUUAAAGUGGUGGACAAGCUGCGUCUGGACAACAGGAAACAGCCGACGACCUCCUCGGAGAUCAGCUGCAUGGAGAGGCUCAGCCACCCCAACAUAGUGCGACUGUACGAGGUGUUCGAGACCAGCAGGAAGAUGUAUCUAAUGAUGGAGUAUGGCAGUGGAGGAGACCUGUUCUCUCGAAUCACCACCAGGGGGAGACUCAACGACCUGGAAGCCAAACUGGUUUUUGCACAAAUAGUAGCUGCUGUCAAAUACAUGGUGAGUAGUAUCAGCCUCAGUUAUUAACUAUUACACAUGACUGUACAUGCCUCAUGACUGUAGUUGUCCAAAUAUCAGAGCUGAUUCAAGAUAAAGAUUUAUUUUUCAAAAGGCUGAACCACAUGUUUCAACUGUGUUUACAUUUAUGCAGUUUUCGUUCACAUUAGUCCUUGUUUUCCUAAUUUGGAUGACAUGCAGCGAGGGAUGGCCCCGUGUUGGAUAUGUUAGGGUUAAUUAUAACAUUAGGAGGUUGUUUGGAGUUAUGUUAUUAAGUCCACUUCUUAUGAAUUCCAGGGGCCAGACCCCUCCAGAGGGUCACAAAAUUGGAUUUUGAGUCUUCUAAAAUAUUUGCAGGUGUUUCUGUUUAUUAAGUAUCACAGGCAGAUGAGUUUAAAUGUGUUGGUUUCAGCUUCAAUACUAACCUCAUAGGUGGUAGCUCUAACUUAAAAUAUUUCUGUGAUGUCUAAUUCUGUUGGCACAUAUUACUUCUGACUUAUCAACUGAGCUGUCUGGUAGUUUUUGCAAGUGAAGGUGCCAGGUAAAAACAGAUUGAUUUGUUUUCAGUCUCUGUCACUGCAGCAGCAGACUGAUGCUGGGGUGGCUUAAUGAUGGUGUGCUGAAAAAUACAAAAUAAUGUGAAAUAUAUAUAUAGAAAAAGACUUAGAGCUUAGUUGCAGCAAUGCAUUAAAGCUGGUGUCCCUAACAGAGUUCGAAAGCAAAGAGAAACUCCUGUGUAGAUAAAAAAGUAGAAAACAUCAGUUGAGAAAAUUAAAAUUAAAAUACCUACACUUGUUCUUAAUAAUAUGACUUCUGCUUCACAACCAAUUUUUCAUCUUUCAUAUUAGUUUAAAAAUGAUAACUUGACUCCUUUUGUACAGUGCUUUAUGAAAACAUCAAAUAAUAAUUUCAUAGAGUACUUCUAAAGUGUGAAAACCCCUGACUGAAAUGUUUCUUUUUCUGUGAUAUUUCAGCAUGACAACAACAUCAUCCACAGAGACCUAAAGGCGGAGAAUGUCUUCUACACCACCAGCUACUGCAUCAAGGUUGGAGACUUUGGUUUCAGCACAGAGUGUGGUCCUAAUGAGCUCCUCACCAACUUCUGUGGCUCACCGCCGUAUGCUGCCCCUGAACUGUUUAAAGACAAAGGCUAUGUUGGAUAUCACUCAGACACCUGGGCUUUAGGUGUCCUCUUAUACUUCAUGGUGACAGCCGCUAUGCCCUUUUUUGCAGACUCUCUAGGCAGACUGAAGCGCUGCAUCCUUAAGGGGGCCUACAGUAUCCCUGCAUAUGUACCUGACCCCUGUCAGCAGGUCAUUAAGGGCAUACUGCGGCCCGUGCCUGCUGAUCGCUCCUCUCUCACACAGAUCAAAAACAGUCCAUGGCUGCAAGGGAUUGAGUACUCUGGUUCAUACGUGUCACUUCCUCUGUCCCCGGCCCACUUUGCUCUGGAUAACCAGACUCUGUCUGUGGAGGAGAAGGAGGUAAAGACUUUACUCUCGGAGCUGGGUAUCAUGGCUGUUCACUUACAAAACAACCCCUGCAUGGACUGUAGAAGCCCACUCACUGGGACCUACCGGAUCCUUCUCCAUCGGGUCCAGAAGAGGAAGACAGCAGAGGCUGUAGGUUAUUCAUCCCUCCACCCUGACGAGUAUGAGAGCACAGGAAAGUGGUCUGUAGCAUCAAUGGACAAACACACCCCCUCUGCUGUGUGCGCCAUACUCUGA